UGGAUUUCCACAUUUUCCCACCCUGGUGUAAGAGAUUACUCCCAACUCACUCUUGAUCUGACCAGGAAUGAGCUGAUAGUAGGAGCAAGAAACUACCUCUUUCGACUGAACUUAGGCAACAUUUCACUCAUACAGACUAACUGGAGCAUCACAAGCAGUGCCAGGGUCCAAAUCAAUGAGGAGAGAUGGCGCCAGCAGAUGAAGGAGAAUGUCUGAGCCUGACAGAGAAAGGGAGAUUGCGGGAUUGUGUCAGACCGCUCUUAUUCGCUCUCACUUUCUGAAUAUAACAAUACAACUAAAAGCAAACACCUAGUGAAAGUGUGAAAAGCAGGAUAUUUUCAUUUCAUUUCUGCACUGACUGUUUCUCUUACAUUUGCUGGAUGCAGUUUUAUGUUGUAUCACUUUGGGGCAUUUUCUUCACCUCGCUCUGCUUGUCCUCCAUAUGUCCUCCAGUGCUUCUUUGCCAUCUCGAGGAUGAUAUUAGCCUCUCCCUUCCACUAUUUGCCUCACAUCAUUAGCAUUAUUGUGUGUGUGUGUGUGUGUGUGUGUAGCAGAAGUAGAAUGGACCUGAGCAGGAGCCAGCUCAUCUCAGAAAUGCAUGUCCUAGUGCCAAACAUGCAGGCUUUGGCAGGAGGCCUGCAGGGCCAAUGCAGAAUCUUUUCCACUUUCCACAAGCAGGAUGAGGCGACAGAAUGGGGCCCAGACGAAGACACCAGGAGGUCCUGUCAAAGCAAAGGAAAGACAGAGAUAGAGUGUCAAAACUACAUCCGAGUACUCCUUGUUAACAAGACGGAGGUCAUGACCUGUGGCACUAAUGCUUUCCAGCCUCUGUGCAUCAUCAGAGAGGUGGGGAAUAUGAGCAGGAUAUUGGAACGGGUAAAUGGUGUGGCACGCUGCCCCUAUGACCCUCGCCAUAACUCUACGGCGGUUGUGACAGACAGCGGAGAGCUGUACGCUGCCACGGUCAUCGACUUCUCUGGCAGGGACCCAGUUAUUUACCGCAGCUUGGGAAACAUGCCUCCGCUGAGGACCGCCCAGUACAAUUCCAAAUGGCUCAAUGAGCCUCAGUUCAUCUCAGCGUACGACAUUGGACUCUUUACCUUCUUUUUUCUGAGGGAGAAUGCAGUGGAGCAUGACUGUGGGAAGACAGUGUAUUCUCGGGUGGCGCGUGUCUGUAAGAAUGACAUCGGUGGCCGCUUCCUGCUCGAGGAUACAUGGACCACUUUCACCAAGGCUCGGCUGAACUGCUCUCGCUCUGGAGAGAUCCCCUUCUACUACAAUGAGCUCCAGAGCACUUUCUACCUGCCUGAGCAGGACCUCAUAUAUGGCAUCUUUACCACCAAUGUGAACAGUAUAGCUGCAUCAGCAGUUUGUGCGUACAACCUUAGUGCCAUCACACGUGCAUUCAACGGGCCCUUCCGCUCCCAGGAGAACCCACGCUCCACCUGGCUGCCAACUUUUAACCCCAUCCCCAACUUCCAGUGUGGUACCAUUGAGGACGAGGGACCAAAUGAGGGUCUAACUGAGCGCAGCCUGCAGGAUGCCCAGAGACUCUACCUCAUGAAUGAUGUGGUACAGCCUGUUUCUGUCAACCCACUGGUAUGGCAGGAUAACGUGCGCUUCUCCAAGCUGGUAGUGGAUAUUGUGCAGGGCCAGGACACACUUCACCAUGUCAUGUACAUUGGCACAGAGUAUGGGACCAUUUUGAAGGCUCUGGCCACCUCCAGUAAGAGUCUACAAGGCUGCUAUUUGGAGGAGAUGCAGCUCCACCCCCCUGGUGUAAGGGAGCCAAUCCUAAGCCUUCAGAUUCUCCAUGGCGACAGGACACUCUUUGUCGGUCUGAAUGACCGAGUGCUAAAAAUUCCCCUGGCUAGAUGCUCCAGCUACAAAACUGAACAGAUGUGUUUGGGUGCUAGAGACCCCUACUGUGGCUGGGACAAAAAGCAGCGACGCUGCACCACAAUUGAGGAUAGCUCCAACAUGAGCCAGUGGUUCCAGAACAUCACUGCAUGCCCAAUGCGUAACCAAACUACAGAUGGUGCCUAUGGGCCCUGGACCCAGUGGCAGCCUUGCAACCACGAUGAUGGCGAUGGUACCAGUGCUUGCCUUUGUCGUUCCAGAGCAUGUGACAGCCCUCCUCCUCUCUGUGGUGGGAAAAUGUGUGAGGGUCCUACCAUUGAAGUGGCCAAUUGUUCAAGGAAUGGUGGCUGGACCCCAUGGUCAUCAUGGGGUCAGUGCAGCACCAGCUGUGAGAUUGGCUUCGAGGUGCGUCAGAGAUCCUGCAACAACCCCUCACCCAGACACGGUGGCCGAGUGUGUGUGGGCCAAGCCAGAGAACAGAGGUUUUGCAACGAGAAGGUUUCCUGUCCUCAGCCAGUUUUCUGGUCUUCAUGGUCACCCUGGUCUAAGUGCAGUGCCGAGUGUGGGGGAGGAGUGCAUUCUCGCUCCAGGAAUUGUGAGAAUGGAAACAGCUGUCCAGGAUGCGCACUGGAAUACCAGGCCUGUAAUCUAGAGUCAUGUCCUGAGGUGAGGCGGAACACUCCUUGGACACCAUGGGUGCCAGUUAAUGUAACUCAAGGUGGCGCACGGCAGGAGCAGAGGGUACGCUACAUUUGCAGGGCACAGCUGGCAGAUCCACACGAACUCCAGCUGGGUAAAAGGAAGGUGGAGACACGCUUCUGCCCCAACGAUGGCACUGUCACCUGUGACACGGACUCUCUUGUGGAUGAACUUCUCAGGACUCCUGGGGUGAGACUCACCAGCUCCAGUUGGUCAUUAUGGGAGUCAUGGACUUCUUGCAGUCAGGAGUGUGCUAAAGGAUAUCGUUCCCGCAAACGCACCUGCGCUGGCACGGAUGGCAAGAAUUCUCCCAAUACCUGUAGAGGAUCUCCUGUAGAGUACCAGGACUGCAAUCCCCAGCCAUGUCCUGUGAAAGGUGCCUGGUCUUGCUGGUCGUCAUGGUCACAGUGUACGGUGCCCUGCGGUGGCGGGCACUACCAGCGAACGCGCACAUGCACAAGCCCCGCGCCCGCCCAUGGAGGGGACAUCUGCAUCGGGCUGCAUACAGAGGAGGCUCUGUGUAACACACACACCUGCCAGGGUGGCUGGAUGGCCUGGAGCUUGUGGUCUGCGUGUGAUGAUCUGGGCCUGCAGUCACGUACUAGGGUGUGUGGGAAUCAGGGUUCUCCAUGCGUUGGAAACAGCACCCAGUACAGAGACUGCAAUGAGAUACCUGUGAUUUUACCUGCAUCUGGCUAUGAUAAAGACCAGCAUUGUGGGGGGUUCACACUGUUGCAUCUGAUAGUGACAGGUGUGUCAUGUUUCCUGGGAGCAGGCCUGUUGUCAUUCCUAGUGUAUGUCUACUGUCAGCGCUUCCACAAACCCUCACAGGAGUCUGCUGUGAUCCACCCUACCACCCCUAACCACCUCAGCUACAAGGGCAACACCACGCCAAAGAAUGAGAAAUACACACCCAUGGAGUUCAAGACAUUAAACAAGAACAACCUACUGCCAGAUGAAAGAACCAACUUCUUCCCUUCACAAAUUCAGCAGACGAAUGUCUACACCACCACGUAUUACCCCACACCGCUGGGAAAAUAUGACUAUCGGCCUGACUCUUCACCCUCACCCUGCAGAACCUACAACCCCAGCUGAGACACAUGUCCAACUCGUUAGCUAUAUUGCCAUGGUGAUGGUGAACACUGACAGUCCGGAGCUUUUAUUUUAAACUCUUAUUAUGUGCUCCAACCAUGCAUUCUUGGCACCUGAUGAGCAUAGAUGCUCCUCUGGAUCAUUUUGCAUGACUCCUUACACUCCCACCAUGGAGGAUUUGAGCAUGUCAUUUAAAUCACAGCUAAUGGUGUUUCAGAUGGUAUUCCUGCGUUGGGAACGUGUACAAUUGUGUAGCUACACUGAUGUCAAUUAUUUAAAUCUCGAUCUCUGUGAAUCUCGGGAUAUCUUUAAUCUUUAAAUGAAAUGUUUUUCUGGCUGAAUGAAAGAGGACCACUAUUUAAGCUGACUCCACACUUUCCAAACCUCAUAUGUGAAAUCCAAAACAGGCAGGUUCAAGACUCCACACUGGCAAACAUUGCACCAAGAAAGGAACAAAAAGAAAUAUGGUAAAAAAAAAAAAAGGAAUGACCAGAACUUGCAAGGUCUUUGUAAGAAUGCCCCAGAACCUAUUGUAGGUUGUGGGUUCUCACCAUACACAGUUCUCACCAAUCUACAACUAAAGAAGACAUGCAGUACUGAUCUGACAUGGACAACACUGAACCUUUUUGGUCAGGAAAUCACUAUGGCAAAGUCUGACAGCCAGCUAUGUGAAAAAUGCAGAGAAUGGAGUCCAAUGUUUAGUGCCAUUGUUCAGAAGAGUUUGGAGAAGAAACAGUAGGAAAAUAAUGAAUGCUGCUGGGCUUUAAAGACCACUAUGGCCCUUCACUCUUUGCUCCAUUGGACCUGGGAUCUCAUAUGAACUGAUACUUCUGAAUUCUGAAUAUUUGGAUUGCCUUGAUGGUUGUAUUAAAUACAACAAACUUGGGCAAUAUUUUUUUUAAAUAUGAAACAUUAUAGAAAAACUGAUAGCUUGGCACUUUUUUAAAAUAUGAUUUUAAAGAGCAAAUGGUUUGGAAAUUAAGUAGGCUAGAUGGAUAUUAGGGUUUAUUUAAAGAAUUCACAAUUUGAUGGGACAUACUGAUUUUGUUCAUUUUCUUAUAUUUAGAUGUAUUAUUUUGUAUUCUUUAGAGAAUUAACCUUCAUUAUCAUUAUUUUUUAAAAAUGGCAUUAAUUUAUACAGCAUUACUUGUACUAUAAAAUAUUCAUCAUUUGUUCAAGCUCUCGAUUAAUUGAUUCACAAACAUUUCCUCAUUUAAUCACAUCUAGCACAAUUUCUCUGCUUUAAUUUGUUAUUAGAACCAUGCAUACAUAUAGUAAGCACUUGUAUGUGGGUUUGUGUCUUAAAAAGGAAUGCCCAAGCUCAAAUGUGUACAGUGUUUAAGCAGAUAAUGAGGCAGGAAUGCACAUUCUUUAGUUUUUACUUUCCAGUAUCUGACGCACUCUUCAGGUCUACAUGAACAAGCGACAAUAAAAAGGUAAAAGAACAUGACGAAGUGUGUCAGGGGACAAUAUAACUUAAAAUAAGCUCGGUUUCUUAAGGGGCAUUCAAGAACAAAGCUAUUUUUAUUAUGCUUGCAAAGGAAUGCUGUCAGUGGUGACCUUUAGUUAAGCUAAGCACGAGUGCUUGAGUUGUACAUAGGUAAUGCCCCACUAUGACACAUAAGAGUUAGUGUAAUGUAAAUGUAUAUUGUAAAGCUAACACUUUUUUUUUUUUUUUUUUUUUACAAGCCUUAUAGAUGUAAAAUAGUAUGUGUGUAUAUACCAACUAUAGGCACGAUGUGGGGAUGGAGCUUGUCAAUGAGUCUAGUGCUCCUGCUCCAUGGCAGUCAACCAGAACUCCUCCAGUUCUUUGUAAAAAUCCAAUUUAAAACUUCAUUCACAUCUAUUACGUGACUAUGCUGUUUAAUUCAGAGACUAACUUCCUAGUUUGUUGAAUCGUUUUGGGAGGUUCUGAAAACUUCAAACCUCCAACUGUGCUAUUGCAUCUUAACCAAAUGCAAAGUAAAAUAUUUAGGAGAACGCAGUGCUACAGUGCAAAGAUUAAAACAGUUAUUUUGCUCUGGUAAUGACAUGAGUCAUGUCACCAAUGCCUCUAAAAAAAUCAAGUGUUCAUUUGCAGCUGUGUAACAAGGCCUGGAGUGUGCUGUGAUUUCAAUUAACCACCUACACUGUGAGGCUCAGCAGUGUAUCAUAUUCACUAAGGCACAGUGUACCUUUUGUUCCACAUUAAAAUAAAUAAAUAAAUGGUUUCAAUAUGAUGUAUUUUAUAUAUAGGAAAAUGACAACCUUUACCUAACAUGAGUUUCACAUUAUUGCCCAAUGUGCACAGAAUAUAGUCUUGUUACUCCCUGUCUGACCUCUGUAUUUUAACAGGCGAGGAGCAAGCUGACAAAAUGAGAUGCUUCAUCCCCACAAGGCUUGGUGCCCUUCUAUGCAACUGACCCAUUGGUACUGUUAGAUAUGUUAUGUAGACUGUAAUCACUGCCUUUUAGACACUGUGAAUUUUUGGUACUCUAUAUUUUUGUAUAUUGUACAUUGUAAAUGAUAAUAAACCAUGAUGAUGACUCAAACUAACUGCUAGCUCAUCACUUAGCACAUUUCUAAACAUUACCAAAUUUGGCCAUUCUGUUCUCAGUUUGACUGUGAAAGGAAAGUGUUUUCAUAUUGGCAUAGGAUCUGUUUUUGUGUUUCUGUAGCCAGUGUCAGU